AUGGAGAGCACAGAAGCUAAGGAAGUGCAAGACGAGGUUAAGGAGGUGGUGGGGAACAAGAGACCAUUUUACGACAGAGAUGUGGCGGAUAAUGUGUAUCGAUCGGGGACAGAAAGACCAAAGAACUACUGGUAUUUGAUGCACGAACUUCAGAAAGACCGAGGAAGUCCUCCUCCUAGCGAAGAACUGUACGAAUCAUAUAAGUCUGCUAUUGCCACAACAAAUGGCAACGAAUCUUCAUUAUUAGAUGCAGUUAAGGUCUUCUUCAAAGAUUGGGACAAUGAUAACGGAAAUGGAAAUGAAAACUAUGGUCAGGUUGUGCAGCAGGAGCUUACGAUAUUCGGGAAUAAAACUGAAGUAGCGGAUUCAGAGUCACCCACUCCGGACCUGGUCGAAGGAUUUCGAGGUGGCAAGGAAUAUCUAGAACAAAUAUAUGCAAGUUUCGACGGAGCAGCCGAUAUGAUCAGGGACGAACAGACACGAUCAUUAGCAUUUUGCCAUUUUGCAGGAGUGUGCGCGCCAGGUAAUACAUUACUGGACCUUGAGGAGACUGAUCUAAGAUAUAUAGGGUCGUUCCUGACUGCAGAACGACGACUAGCUACUAAGUAUGUGGAGAUAUUCUCCAAUGGAGAAUACUUCUGGCGUGACAUGCAAGGUUAUGCCAGCGUCAUCACUCUCAUGAUGACUGAGUCCCGCAUUACUCUCUUCGCGCAUUCUUGUCAAGAAGGCUCGGAUGAAAAUCAUAAUGGAGGAAAUUAUCUAGAAUAUCACAUGUCCGAGAUUCUCUGCCUUUCUCCAGCGACAUCGUAUGAAACAUUCAAGGAAGCAUGGAGAGCACUGAGAAAUGCUCAAGAACAUGCGAAAGAGCGAUCCGUUCAGAUCGCCCUGGAGAUGAAAAAGAGUAUGCAAGCAUCUGCGUGGGAUCACUUUAAUAGAAAGAGGAACUAUGAGGCUAUAGAGGGCUUUCAGUUGAUGGUUGCUCGCAGGCGGAUUAUGGCUAUUGAGGCGUGGAGGUCUGAGGAUGAAAUGAUUCAAAGUAGGAGGAAUCUGGAUGGGAUGGGGCCAGAGGAUAGGGAAGCCUAUUUCGAAUUACAGCAAGUGAGGUACGACUGA